AAAACCAAAAACCAAACCUUUGAUUUUCAUUUUCUUCGAGAAAGGAAACUUCAAGCAAGGUUCCUUGCUUUGCUUCCAUUAUUUAAAAGUGCGUGCCAAUCAAAUAUAUCACUUUUUUUUUUUUUAAUUUCUUUAACUUUUUUCAACUUUGCCGUCACGCUUUCAUCAAACAAAAAGAAGCAGCCUUAUUCAUUUCUCUCAAUUUCCCCCUUUUCAUUUUUUGAAUUUGCAAAUUUUAUCAAUCUUGUUUGAAAAUUCGCUUCGAUAUCUCGAAUUCCAAGUUAUUUUCAUUUGGAAUUUAAUCUAUUUCCGUAUUUGGUUAUUGAUAUUCUCUUCCGAUUUCGAAGUUUUCUUAAUCAAAUUAGGGUUCUUAAUUGCCGAUUCGAAUUUACGAGAAUUCGAUCGAUAAAACCCUGAUUCAGUUCCUACCCAUUUCAAUUCCGACCAAAACAAGGAAAACCUGGUUUUCGAUUUCUAAAAGGAAAAAGAAGACUCGUACUUCAAAAAUCUCGGUUACCUUUCCCGAAAACCCUUUUUCUGGUUUUAAUUCCCAAUUAAUCCAAAAGAAUUGUAAACAUUCACCGAUUACCCGUUUCGAUUUCGUUUUCAACCUAAAAUAAUAAUACCCAGAUCGUCAAGAUCCCGAAUUUAGCCUUCCGCAGUUAAUGGGCACAAUUAGCUUCCACGGAGAACUUCCUAAACCCUCUACUUCUUCUUCCCCUACUUCUUCUUCAACCUCAUCUACGUCUCGGACUGAGACGGUGAAUGGGUCCCAUGAGUUCAAGAUCAAGGGCUAUUCCCUUGCCAAAGGCAUGGGAGUGGGUAAAUACAUGGCUUCCGAUGCGUUUAUGGUGGGGGGAUAUGAAUGGGCCAUUUAUUUUUACCCGGAUGGAAAGAGCGCUGAAGAUAAUGCUACCUACGUUUCUCUUUUUAUUGCUUUGGCAAGUGAAGGAACGGAUGUAAGAGCGCUCUUUGAGUUGACCCUUUUGGACCAGAGUGGGAAAGAUCGUCACAAGGUGCAUAGCCAUUUUGGGAGGAUGCUUGAGAGCGGGCCUUAUACACUUAAGUAUCGUGGGAGCAUGUGGGGUUAUAAACGCUUUUUCAAAAGAACUCUUCUAGAGACGUCAGACUACCUUAAAGAUGAUUGCCUGUCAAUUCGCUGUUGUGUUGGUGUAGUUAAGUCCCAUACAGAGGGACCUAAAAUUUAUUCUAUUACAGUUCCACCUUCUGAUAUUGGUCAGCAUUUUGGGAAGCUACUAGAAAGUGGGAAGGGAGCUGAUGUGAAAUUUGAAGUUGAUGGGGAAAUAUUUGAUGCCCACAAGUUGGUCCUUGCUGCCCGCUCACCUGUAUUCAGGGCACAACUUUUUGGUCCAUUGAAGGACCAGAACACGCAGUCCAUUAGAGUAGAAGAUAUGGAAGCUCCUGUGUUCAAGGCGUUGCUCCAUUUCAUUUACUGGGAUGCCUUGCCAGACAUGGAAGAGCUCAUGGGUUCAACUUCUAAAUGGGCUUCUACGCUUGUAGCUCAGCAUCUGCUUGCCGCUGCUGACCGUUAUGCGCUUGAGAGAAUGAGAUUGCUUUGUGAGGCUAAACUUUGUGAGGGUGUUACAAUAAACACAGUUGCAACUACAUUAGCCUUGGCAGAACAGCACAACUGUUUGCAUUUGAAAGGUGUAUGCUUAAAAUUCAUUGCAUUGCCAGAGAAUUUAAAAGCUGUGAUGCAAACAGAUGGAUUUGAGUAUUUGAAGGAAAGCUGCCCGGGUGUUCUUACUGAACUGCUGCAAUAUGUUGCGAAAAUCGGGGAGCAUUCUGUUAUUUCUUGUGGAUAUCGGAAAGAAGGAUCGUUGGAUGGUUCUGAUGUUAAUGGUCGGCGUGUCAAACCAAGGCUUCAGUGAUUUAGGGAAUAACAUGUAACUCAUCCUUUGAUUAGUAAGAAAGACUAAUAAAAGAGAGCAAUGUAGCAGUAGACAUUUUUGGCUUGUACUAACUUUGGUGAAUAUACGAGAGUUUAAAAGUCAAAUGGCUCAUUUGUUUCUCAUACCA